AUGUCGGCAUCGGCCAACUUUGCGGCAGUCACUGCCGGUGUUUCCGGUAUCACUAUUUUGGUUUGCCUUUUGGGAGCCUUCCAUAUUUUCAAUGAUGUUAAUUCGUUCUACGAUGAUAUCAUGUUUGAUAUGAAGGAGUUUAAGGUUGGUUAGAUCUGAAAAUAUUUUAAAUUCUAUUUUGAAAAAUUUUAAGGAGAAAUCAAAUGUCGCUUGGGAGUCGAUUAACGAGCCAAAGAUUACUGUCAACCCAUUCUUAUCUGCUCGUGGAAAACGUCACGCUGGAGUUGGAGGUUGCCAAUGCUCUCCAUCAUCUAAUACUUGCCCACCAGGACCACGUGGACCACCAGGACUUCCGGGAGUUGAUGGACUUCCAGGUACUCCAGGACAACCUGGACAAGCUGGAGGAAGCGGAGCUGCUGGAGGAUAUCAACGUAAUGGAAGUGGAUGUCGCGUUUGCCCAGCUGGACCACCAGGACGACCAGGACCACCUGGACCAGCUGGAGCGCCAGGAAACGAUGGAGCUCCAGGAGCUCCAGCUUAUGGAGGAGGCGCAGGAGCCCCAGGGCCAGCUGGACCACCAGGAGAUGCUGGAACACCAGGAAGACCAGGAGGUGCCGGAGCACCAGGACAACCAGGAGCAUCUGCAACUAGCGGAUCGGCUAGACCAGGACCACCAGGACCAGCGGGACCACAAGGAGCCCCAGGAAAGCCAGGAGCUCCGGGAGGUGGAUAUGGAGUUGGGCCACCAGGACCACCAGGACCAAAUGGACAACCAGGACGACCAGGACAACCUGGACCAAACGGACAACCUGGAACACCAGGAAAUGAUGGAGCACCAGGAACUGAUGCUGCUUAUUGUCCAUGUCCAGCCAGAGGAGGAUAUGGGGCUAAAGGUGGUGCUGUUGGUGGAGCUCAUCUCACUGGAUAUUCUCGAAGAAAGGUUGCCAGAUCUCGCGCAGUUUUGGCUAAUCGUCGUGUUGCUGUUCACAGAAAGAAGGUCGCUGCUCGAAAUGUUCAAUAA